UUUUUUUUUUGUUUGACUACGCACAUAUAUUACAAAAUGAAGUUUGAUUCAGCACCCAUUAUUCAGGAUGCACAAAUACCUCUUAGCCCUGCAGAAUUAGAGGUAUUACGAAGACAAUAUAUCAAAGAAGGAGAGUAUGUUACAAUUCAAACAAAAUUCAAUUAUGCAUGGGGUUUAAUUAAAUCAAAUAAAGCAGAACAUUUAGAAUUAGGCAUUAAACUAUUAACAGAGAUAUACACUGAUGCACCUGAGAGAAGAAGGGAAUGCUUAUAUUUUCUUGCAAUUGGCAAUUUUAAAAUAUCGAAUUAUUCUGAGGCAAGAAGAUUUAAUGAUCAAUUAUUAAAACUUGAACCUCGAAAUGAUCAAGCGUUGGCUUUAAAACAGUUGAUUGAUGAAAAAGUGUCAACAGAGGGAGUUAUUGGAUUGGCUAUUGUGAGCGGUGUUGUAGCAGUUGGUGCUGCUUUAAUUGCAGCAGUCGUGAAGCGUUCAAAAUAAUUAUAUAAAUGCAGAAUAUGAAUAAACUUAAAAUUAGCCCUUUUUUUUAUUUAUUUUUUAUUUUUA